GGCAGUCGGAAAACGCGUUCCAAUGUGCGAGCACGCGUCUCGCUCGCCCGGGGACAACGUGCGCUCGCGAGUGUCAAAUAAGAAUUAACAAAAAAAAAGUUGUCUAAAUCUUAGUAGGUGUACAAUCUGUGGAUGUGAACAUGAAGUUUUUAGUGGUGGUUUUGACGGUGGUGGCGUGUGUCGGAGCCACAGCGGCUGCUGCUGCUGCAGCUUCGUGCUCGCACGCCGAAGAGUUCUUCCUGAGGCACAACGCAUCAGCUGAUGAUGGCAGCGAAACAGGGCCUAUCUGCGGCGGCCAAUGCUGUGGCCGAGGGCGGGAGGCGCAGCUACGAGCGGCGCUGAGGAAAAAUGCGGAGAACCGAUUCAAGGUGGCCAUCACGCCGCUCACGGAACUACUGCUGUCUACCAGGAGGACGCUUCAGGAGCACCUAAUCGAGCUGUCACGGCAGUCCCAGAACAAGACGGCCGGCUUGUUCCUGCAGCUGUACCGGAGUCACGCGAUUCGAGUGCAUACGCCUUUAGCCAACCUAUACGACGACAUUCGAACGCUGCUUAGAUCCGAGUCGAACUCGGAAGAACUCGGCUCUCGGGCACCGAAAGACCUCGCCGACAGCUCCAGAAAGUUCUUUCGGGAAGUGUUCCCGGUGGCCUACCAGAGUGUUCUAAAGUUGGAAGCCAAACGAUUCACGCCCGAAUAUGAAGAGUGCUUGAAGGCGGCCUACGAUGCGGUGCUACCGUUCGGAGACGUUCCUGAGCAGAUGGGUUCUUCACUAUCCCGGUCGCUGGAAGCAGCGCGCGUCCUACUACAAGUGUUGGCAGCCGGGGCGAGCGCAUUGGGAGCGAGCGAGCGCGUGCUCUCCACUACAGACGAGGAGUGCUACAACAAGGUGUUAAGGGUGCAAGGCUGCGCUUACUGCCGCGGCUACGAUGUCAGACCCUGCAAGAAUUACUGCCUCAACGUCGCCAGAGGGUGCAUAGGGUCGCUAGUCGCCGAGCUGGAUGCAUCUUGGGCCAGCUACACGGAGGGUCUGGAGCGGCUGACGAGGCCAGACGCCGACGUAGCGCUGCGGGACCUGGAGACCCAGGUCUCUAAGGCUAUCAUGUACGCGCUAGAGAAUCACGCCAUCUUAGAGAGUAAGGUUCGUCAAGAAUGCGGGACGCCAGCCACCUUCGAUACGCCAAUUUCUUCCUCGCAACCACCCACGGGAGCACGACGAAAUGCUUUAAGAGCACCACCUCCAUACACGGAACUCCUUCAUUUCGCGGCCUCGCUAGCCAGAAACAAAAAACUGUUUGCCACACUGGCCGAUCAGCUGUGUGAAAUCGAAGAUGAGAACAAUAAGCACUGUUGGAACGGCGAAUCCAUUGGAGAGUAUACAAAGCCUCUGGUUGCCUCCGCGUCAAUUACCGACCAGAAGUAUAACCCUGAGGUGACUGGAGUACACGGAGAUAGCUCCGUUGUGGCAGCUUUGGGAGAUCGACUGCGACAAGCUAGGCAGUUGCUGGUGACAUAUUCGAAGAGAAGUGGUGCGCCAGCUGCCGAAGCGUUUAUGCAGGGCGACGAGGCUGGUGAGGAAGGUUCAGGCUCUGGCAAAAACUACGACAGCGACGAAGGAAACGAUGACAGCUUUUAUGACCAAGGCUCCGGCGACACGGGAUCUGGCAUGGAGGGAAGCAAAACGUUUGUUGGGGAAGAGCCAACAUAUACAGCAACAGUACCAAAAACAUCGUAUGCAACGAAGUCAAGACCAUUUAUAUCAGUCGUUGUCAGUGCAGCUGUGGUGACUGCGAUCAGGUACUGUCUGAUCUAAGCGCUCUCAUCGAACUCUUGUGACUGAGACUCUUCACGACUUCGGUGAGACCCAAGAAUCCCCAUAUCAUUGUGUGUGAAGUGGUGUGUGCAAAUCACGUCCAGUGACUGCUAUAAUUUUAGUAGUUAAGUUAGUCUGAUAGUAAAAGACAAACGUUUACAAAUUUUAGCUUGACACCGUUCAGUGUGAGCGGCAUCACAGAAGCACAAUACAGUAGCUAGUCUCAAACUAGUAUCAAAGUUUCUUCGCCUAAAUCCAAGGAUAGAUAUAAUCCUGAUUUACGUAAUAUUAUUAUCGGAAUCUCAUUAAUGGUCUUGGAGACUUUUAGCAUUUAAAUUAUGCGUUUAAAAGUCUGUUGUAGUAUUUAAACGAGCAACAUUUUCAGGGCAAUUUGUGACUGGCAAAUAUGGUUGACCCUAUUACUACAAUAACGUCGAACCCUAUUACUUGUCAGUAUUUGAAUUUAGGUUUAGUUGACAAUUGUGAUCAAUCGUUGGAGCAUGUAAUGCUGAACAAACAAUGUUGCUGUAAAAGGUUGUUCGUUUAGAUGCAUGUGAAAUGUACAGUGCAUAUCGUAUUGUCUUCAUUUUGUAUAUAUCUUUGGUACUCUAUAUAGAUUUAGGGAAUGAUUAUACUUCGUAACGGAAGCUUUACAAAACUUCAGCAUUUAAAAAUAUUGGUAAAUCCUGAAUUUAGCGUCAUAAUAAAUAGAUAUUAUAUCAUUUGAAGAAACUUUAAAUGUUGUUAAUUCUAGAUGAUUGGCAAUAAUUUAUAAUAGAAGUAUAACGAUUAGUCGCCAGUGAUAUGCUAACGUAAGGGUUGAAUGUACAGAAAUGAUUGUGUAAAUACCAUUUAAAAAUCCUACUGGUUUAGGUGCUUAGCUAGUAAAUUUAUUUUGUUGCCAUAUUAAUAUUACGGUUAUUAUUAUUUAUAAUAUCGAUAAGUCAUAAAUUAAUCUAUUAUUAUGUUAUGUGAUACGAAAUAGUAAUAUAAUAUGUGCGCAGUGGCAUUGCAUUAUUUAAUCUACGGCAUUGACAAGAAAUAUGAAACAAUAAUCACUUUUAUUAUAUCUGUAUAUGUCUAGACUUGAGACACUCAAAGACGUUAAUUAAUUUUAAAGGAAAAUUAACUGGCGUCAUAUUUCGAAAUGGGAAACUUCAAGUCUUUUAUCAUUUGUAUUCUAAGUUACUUCACUCCAACAGUAAACCAAGUAUUUUGUUAUUACUUUCGUAAAGUAAUAACUAGUUUUGCAUUCUACAUUUCUUCUACCUAUGAGUUUUCUUAUUUCAUAUAAAAUUUAAAGUUAUCUUCUGAAACUGCCGAUAAUUUUUAUUGGCGAUUUUAUUUUAAAACCUAAUAACAGACUGAGGUUUUCAUCAUUUGAACUACCAAAAACAUUGUUAACUGAAUAUCACUUAAUUUGGUUUUUGUUAAUAAAGAUUGGUGGGUGGGGUAAAUACAGAAAUAUCAUCAUGAAAAUUAAACAAGUAUUUUCACAUUGGUCUCCCAAUAUUUAAUUAUAAGAUAAUUCGUAAAAAUGUGUAAGAACACUUAACUAAAUAGAUUACUUAUAAUAAAUUAUAUUGUAAAUUGCAUUGGGGUUUAGCAAAAUGAAUGUAAUUAUUGUGGCUGUCAUGUAAUGGCACGCCGAGUUCUGUAAAUUUAUUUUAGAUUAGAAAUGAAAUUACUGUGGAUGUGAGAGGACCAGAAAGAGUCUGCUUAGUGUUUGAACUUUAUACAUUGUCAUUUACAUAGAUUUGUCACGAGAUCUCCAUGUAAGUUCUUUCUUUGGCAUUUUCGUUCUUUCUCUCUCUUUCUGUGAGAUUAAAAGGUGAAAAUAAACAAAUAUAAUGCUCUACAGUAUUUCGCUACAGUUACGAAAAAUGUUUACGAGGAGUCCUAGUUAUGAGGACAACCUUAACUAUGAAAGUUUUUACGAAAACUGUUACCCACAGGUCUUAGAUUACAGAACACAAGACAGAUAACGCACACGGUACCAGUAAAGCGGAGUUCGCAACUAGCUAUGUGUGCACGAAAACGCUGUACGAACAUGUACCUUAUUGUAAUUACAGUGUGCAUGUAAGGUCGCCAGAUUCGUAAGAAAGUUUUUUUCUGUAAUCCGAGCUACAGUCUGUAUGUUUCGCAAAUCACAAAAGCUAUUUCAUAUUGUUUCAAAGAUCAACAUGGUGCAAAAGUUUUCGUUAAUUCUCUUCGAUCAUAGAUAAAUAUUAACCAAAAGUGUAUUAAUGAAAAGAACAUUCUAUAACGUUCAACGUGUUAAUUUUUUAAUAUGCUAAUGACAUUGAAAAUUGUAAAUAUUGUUGGAAAGGUGAUAGAGUGUUUGCUAAGGAGAUUGGAAAUAAUUGCUGUUACAUCUGAAUAUAUAAUAUUAUUAAAAUAAAUCCUGUAUUAUAAAGUG